AGUUCUUAAGAGUCGAUGGUGGCCAUGAUAGUGUGAAAAAUGAUACAGUUGUGAAUAGGCUGAGUUGAUUUAUUCAUUGUUAUUAUUAGGCGAAGAAGAAAUGGCGUUAGUGCUUAAACAAUUGUACCAUGGAUACUUCUGGUUAUUUCGGGACAUGGCUGAUACCAGAACGGACAGUUUAUUCAUGGUGUCAAAUGUACUCGCACCAAUGACCGUCACUCUGUUGUACUUAUAUUUCGUUCAUAACUUAGGACCGAAGCUAAUGGAGAAUAGGAAACCUUGCGACGUAACAAACAUUAUGCGAGUGUAUAAUGUGGUACAAAUCGUUAUGAAUUCUUAUGUAGUGGUUUUGUCGGUGAAAGUGAUUAGUAACAUGGAUUGGAAUUGUGGUGCUAUAGAUUACUCUGUGAAUCCGGAGUCAAAUUUAAUUCUUCACGUUUGUUAUGUUUACUAUUUAUUGAAAAUCUUGGACUUGUUUGAUACAAUAUUCUUUGUGUUAAGGAAAAGUUACAGACAAAUCUCCUUUCUGCACUUAUAUCACCACACCAUAAUGAUAUGGUGUAUUUGGCUUGGGUGCAGAUUUGUGGCAGGAGGCACAGGAGUCUGGAUACCCGCAAUCAACAGUUUCGUCCAUGUCGUCAUGUACACUUAUUACCUUAUGGCUACGUUCGAUGAGAAGUGGAAGUCUAUCACGUAUAAGAAGCUGCUUACCAAAAUACAACUUACCCAAUUUAUGGCAAUCUUCUUAAUCUUUGGCAGACUACUGUUCAAGCCAGACUGCGCCUAUCCCAAAUGGGUUAGUUUCUUUCUUGUACCGCAACAGCUGUUUCUGUUGUUCUUGUUCGGAGACUUUUAUGUGAAAACGUAUUUAAGAAAAAAGAAAUAAAAAAGUACAAAUUGUACUCGUAUUGUAAAAGUAACUUAUAAAAUUAUUUAAAACUGAAAUUGUUUUACUGAAACAUUUAAUAUACAGGGUGAUUCAGAACUUAUUCAAA